AUGAAGACCUUGACUCUCCUCGCCAUCUGCGCUCUGCUCUCCGUGUGCUGGUCCAUGGGAGCGAUUGAGCCUGAGGUCAUCACUGACGACGCUGCUGACACAUCUGUGGAUGCUGACCCUGCUGCUGACCCCGCCGCCGACCCUGCGACUGGCGCCGCCGCCGACCCUGCUGCUGGCGACUCUGACUCUGAUUCUUCCUCCUCUUCAGAGUCAGAUUCAGCCUCUUCUUCCGCGUCCGACUCAGCGUCUGAUUCUGACUCCAACUCUGAGUCUGACUCUUCACAGUCCUCAGAGUCCUCAGAGUCAUCUGAAUCUUCAGAGUCCUCAGAGUCAUCAGAAUCCUCAGAAUCCUCCGAGUCAGACUCCUCUGACUCCAAUGGAUCUGACUCUUCAUCAUCUUCCUCUUCAUCUUCAUCUUCCUCGUCCUCCUCAUCAGAGUCAGCCAGCACUGAGGCCACUGAAGUGGUCAUGAAGAGAGACCUGGCAGCUGUCCUCCUCAGGACAAGAAGAGCUCCCGGGGGAGAGCUGACACCUCUCCAGAUUGAAAGCCUGAAAGAGGUGUGUGAGCUGAACGUGGCCUGUGACGAAAUGGCCGACACGGAGGGGAUUGUUGCCGCCUACACUGCCUAUUACGGACCGGUUCCCUUUUAA